AUGAAUUGGCUCCAGAAAUUUUAUUUUUACAGACUAAAAGAUAAAAUAAAUGCUAAGCUUGAUGAAAAUAAUUAAGGAUAAAAAUAAUAAUUGAAUAAAAAUUCCAUGUUAAUUGGAGUUAUUUUAUUUGAUGAGUAGAUGGCUACUCUUAAAUAGAAGCUCAAAAAUUAGCUUAUAGCCACAGGGAUUUUCUAUGACUACUUGUAAAGUGACUAUAUAAAUUUAAAUUAAAUAUAAAUUAGAUCUGUCGCGUUACACUCAAGCUUACUAGAAGUAGAAUAAACCAUAAUCAAUCUUUUCUAAAUUAAUCCAUAUAAUAUAGAUCUACAAUAUUUAACUUCGAUUUUUGUAUAAGUGCUUGACAUACAAAAUAGAAAAGUAUCUAAUUUCUAAUAACAUGCUCUUUCUUUAGUUAAAUAAAAAGCAUCAAUACACAAAAAUUAUUCAUAAUUACUUGGUUAAAAUGAUUUUUUUGAUGAAAAUUCAUGCAUGGUUUAUUGUUCUUUGAUUGAUAGUAACUAUAAAAUAAAUAAAGUGUCUGCUAAAUUUUAAAGCAUUUUUAAAUACAGUAAUAAUUAAGUAACAGGAAAACCUUUAAGCAUUAUACUUCCAAGAAUUAUCAAAGAAACACACAGUGAAAUAAUAGACUACUGUAUCAAAUAUAAUCCAAUCAAGUUAUAAUAAUAAAGAGAAAGAUUUUCUUUUGGCGUUGAUGAAAAGGGUUUUGUUUUUCCACUCACUAUAAAGCUUAAAUUUGAUCAUCUUGAAGAUGAUUUCGGAGUUUGUGCUCUCAUUUAAAAAAUAAAAUAAAAGAAACAAUACAUUCUUUUCACUGAUGAUGGUACCAUCACUGAUUUUUCAAAGAAAAUUUUUGUAGAUUUGUUUUAAACAACUAAAUUUAACUAACAAGAAAUACAUUCAUAUGAAAAAGAAGAAGAUGAAGCAAAGAAAAUUUAAAUAAUUAAUGAAAUAAAUAAAAUGAAAAUUAUUGAUUAAAAAAAAAAUAAUAAUUCAUUUUUAAAUUAUGAAGACAAGGAUAAAAUAAAGAUCUAAGAAUACAAUUUGGAAGAUUCAUAAGAAUAAAUUAAUUUAUUUUACAAUAACUUUUAAAGGAAUAACAAGAAAGAAACAUCAAAGUUUUCUUUAAUUUAAUUGCAAAAUAUAGAAAGUUGUACAAUAGAUUUAUCAUCAACUAAGAAUGCUUACGAAAGCUAAAGACUUUUUGAUUAAAAUAAUUCAAGAAGUGAUUUCUAGGAAAACUUUUAAAGUGUUUUUGCAAAUUUAUCAGAUCGCAAUUUUUGUUCAUAAAACAAUUUAGAAAGUCCAAAGAAGCUAAAUAUUUUAUAAACAUAUCAUCGAAAAAAUGCUGAUAAAUAAAAUACAUUUGAAAAUAAAUAAAUUCCUGAUAGAAUUGAUAUGACGUAAAAGUAAAAUUACUCAGGAACUGAUAAAACUUAAAUUUAAACUUUAUUUAACUGUCUAGAAGAUAAUUCCUCUUUUAUGAAUAGCAACAAUCAAGAUCGUUUAAAUCAAUCAAGUAACAAAUAGAAAUUGAAGAGAAGAAAUUAAAGUGAAGAUGAAAAUUUAAAAGAAGAUCAAAUAAAUGAAAUUGCUAGUGUAAAUUCUAGUAAAUUUAGCUCAUAAGAACUUAUCAAGCGUCAAAUAAUAAAAAAAAUAAAAAACAAUAAAUUGAAUGGAGGAUAAAAUGUAAUGAUCUAUUUGGGUGUCAUUUCUUUUUUAGUAUUGAGUUUGAUUUGUUUUUUUAUGGAAAAAAUUAUUAUUGAUAGCUUAUAAAAUUAUCAAAGCUCUUUUACUUAGAUUGAUGAAGCAUAAUAUUUGUAUGUAGAUGUCGUGCAAGUUCUAGCUUUAUCUAAUUAUUAAAGCAUUAUUUUUUCAACUAAAUAUCACUUUGGCUCGCAAGAUGAAAUUGAUGUGGAAAACAAUAUUAUAAAUUAGUUAGAAUUUAGUAAAGCAAGAGAAGAUUAUAGAUCAAAUUUUAAAAAUUUAGUAAUUAAAUCAAGAUAAGAACAAAUCAAAGAAAAACUUUUUGAUUAGAAAUUCAAUGUAACUAAGUUUACAGUUAAGUUUCCUGAUAGUGACAUAACAAGUUCAGUUAUGUCUUAGAAUCUUUAGUACACUAUUAUGGAGUAUUUUUAUGCUAUCGUUUAGUAUAUAAUUUAAUUUACUUCUACAGAAGAUAACUUCAUUUGGGAAAAUUUGACUCUUUUCAGUGAAAAAAUGAAGAAUUUAUAGAAGAUUGUAGAGGAAGUGAUUCAAAUAUAAUUUGAUAAUAUAGAAAAUAUUCAAAAAUAGAUAUUAAUUAUUUUUUUUGCUACUAAUUUCAUUUUAUGUAUAAUAAUUAUUGUUUUGAGUUUAUUUAUUGAGAGAUCAAAAGAAAAUAUACUCAAACUAACUGGUUCAUUCUAACCUAAAAACCUUGAAAAAUACAUUUAAAUAAUUGAGCUAAGUUUGUUAAAAUUGGAAGUAAUUCAAGAAGAUUAAAAUCAUUUAAAUAACUCAAAGAAUGGUUCAGGAACACUCAAAAAUAAAAAUAUUUAAUUGAGAAAUAUUAUUGAACAAAUGGAAGAGUUGAAUGACGUGCAAGAAUAUUUAUCAAAUGAAGCUUCACCAAAUAAUAUUAAAUAAAAAUUGUAAAACAAAUUCAUAAUUAGGCUUCCUAAUAAAAGAAACAGAUCUAUAGCAUCAUUCAAUUCUCUAUAAAAAAUAAAUUGGUUGAUUGUCCUUUCUGGAAUUUUAGCUUUUGUAGUCCUCUUAAUAUAGCCUGUUUUAAAUAUCAUAAUAUCGUAGCCUUACCUUAAAGAAGCAAACACUAUGGUAAACGAAAGAAUUUUUCUUAUUGACAUUAAUGGCUACAGAGAGCUACUACUUUGA